AUGUCGGUAAGGCGCUCUCCUACCAAAGAAGCCAGUAGUUCGGCGCCGGAUUUGUCAAAAAUUAAAGAUGCUCACAUCGGUAAUUCAGCAAGCAAAGAGAAUGUUGCGUCUAGACAUGACAAACGGAAACGUGGAGACAUUAUUGAGGAAGACUUGAAGCCUAUUAUGGAUGAAAUGAGAAAAAUGAUGUCAUUAAACAGGGAGUAUCAAGAUAAAAAAUUUGAGACCCUCUAUUCGGCUAUGAACGAUAUAAAGCAGCAGAAUCUAGAAAUUUCAGAGUCAUUAGAAUUUAUGUCUAAAAAGUAUGAAGAUCUCAAACAACAGCUAGAAAAAAGUGAACAUGAACGAAAGAAAAACCUGGCAUAUAUCACUGAACUGGAAUCAAGAAUGUCCAUUCUGGAGCGCUGCGGACGGAAUACUAGUAUUGAAAUACGCAACCUGCCCCAAAAAAACCCUGAAACCAAAGAAGACUUGAUAAAGGUAGUCUCAUCCAUUGGAGCGGUUUUGAGUUUUGGUAUAGAAACCAGUGAUAUAAAGGACAUAUUUCGUCUCGUCUCUAAGUCUUUGUCUCUUAAGCCAAUCAUCGUUGAGUUUACGACUGUACUGAAAAAAGAAGCAUUCUUGAACUCGGCUAGAGAAUUCAGGAAAUCGAAACGAAUGAAUCUAAACACCACACAUCUUAAACUUCAAGGUCCAUCAGAAAUAAUAUACAUGUCAGAAAGUCUUACAACAAACACCAAAAGGUUAUACGGAAAAGCACGGAAAUUUGCCUCCGAAAAUAAUUACCAAUACUGCUGGACCAAGCACGGACAAAUCUUUCUUCGCAAGGAAAAUGGAAGCAAGGUCACAAAAAUUAUCAAAGAAGAAGAUCUAAAUGCGUUGAGUACAAAUUGA